CAAAUUUCCGAUAAGACAGUCCAACUUCCUCUGGUUCAAGGCGGCUCGUUAUAAGCUUUAGUUUCGCUCCAUCGGCGUGCGCUAGCGAAGGACUCUGUCGACUACUUGUAAAAUGGUACAUUAUAACAUCAACGAGGACCUGAAGGUUCUGACGAAGGAGCAAGGAUGGUGCGGGUAUCGCGCAGUCCUCAUCAUGGGCGUGGUCACCAGCGUCAUUAUCUAUACCAUAGGUGCGAUUAUCACCGGCGUCACCUACAGAGACUGGGAUCGCAGAGCCAAUUGCACGCUGGAUUACCCGGGUGGAAGCGAAACGGAGGACCUCUACCUGUACAACACGCCCCUGGUGGUGAUCGGGCCGUGCUUCAUGGCCGUGGGCGGGGCAAUCAUCGUCUUCAUGCUCCUGCAGUGGUUCUUCUGCCGCCCGACCUACUGGCGCUGAGCUUCGACCUGCAACCUGCAAUCGGCCGCCACUCCAGCGCCUGCCUCUGAGACGCUCCGACGGACGGCUCAGUGAUCCUGUUAAGAGUAUUGUGGGAUGUGCUAUGUAUAUAGACCGUCCUUGAGACGGAUUAGAUGGAUGAGUAUCUGUGUUUGGCGUUUGUAAGAAUUACUUAGUGAUUAAUUAAUAAACUGUUUAAAAAAAUAA